AUGUCAUUCAAGAUAUUAGUACCAGUUAAAAGAGUUAUAGAUUAUGCAGCAAAGAUUAGAGUUAGACCUGACAAGUUGGGUGUAGAGACUAACAAUGUCAAGAUGAGUAUCAAUCCAUUCGAUGAAAUUGCUGUCGAGGAAGCUGUUAGAUUAAAAGAGAAUACUAUUGCAGAUUCGGUUGUUGCCGUGUCUAUUGGCCCAAAGGAGAGUCUUGAAACAAUCCGUGGGUCGUUGGCUAUGGGUGCCGACGCUGGUAUUCAUGUCAGUGCAUCGGCUGAUAUGCAACCACUCGGCAUUGCAAAGAUCCUCAAGAAACUAGUUGAACAAGAGAAACCAAAACUUGUCAUCCUCGGUAAACAAGCUAUCGAUGAUGAUUCUAAUCAAACUGCUCAAAUGUUGGCUGGUCUAUUAAAUUGGCCUCAAGCUACAUUUGCAUCAAAGGUUGUUGUUGACAAGGCAAGUGAUAAGGUUACAGUUACACGUGAAAUUGAUGGUGGUUUGGAAACUUUGGAAAUGAAGUUACCUGCCAUUAUUUCCUGUGAUCUACGUCUCAAUGAACCAAGAUAUGCCAAACUUCAAAAUAUUAUGAAAGCAAAGAAAAUUGUAGUUCCAACAAAGACACCAGAGGAAUUGGGUGUUGAUGUUUCAUCUAAACUCAAGAUUGUCUCUGUUGAAGAACCAGCCAAGAGAGUUGGUGGUUCAAAGGUUCAAUCUGUCGAUGAAGUCGUUGCCAACUUGAAGAAACAUGCCAUCAUUUAA